AUGUCGUUGAUGAAGGUUUUUGGAUCUGGAAAAUUCUCGAGAUCCUUUAAGGAGGUUCCAUCUCUCGUUACUACUGGUGAUGACUGGAAAGGAACCGUCGUACGUGAAUUGGAGGACGAAACUGAUUGGUCAACCAUGCUGCCGGAUUUACUUGCGAAGAUUAUUAAACGAGUUGACGCUGCUGAGGAUCAAUGGCCGCACCGUCAAAACAUCGUCGCUUGCGCAUGCGUUUGCAAACGGUGGAAGGAUGUUACACGAGAGACCGUACGGUCACCACGUGACGGCAGAAUCACUUUUCCGUCUUGUCUUAAACAACCAUAUUCACGCGACCUACCUCAUAAAUGUCUUAUAAAGCGGGAUAAAAAGACCUCCAUGAUGUAUCUUUGA